GGAUCAUUCUUCCUGCAGCGUGGUGUGGGCUGGUGCAGUCCGGUGAGGGACCCUGGCCGUGGUAUGCUGUAGCAGCAGAGAAGGAAUCCAUUUUCCCAUUUCAGUCCACAUUUAAAAUAAGGAACAUAAGAAGAUAUGGUUUUUAAACAUAUAAAGAGAGAAGAAAAGAAAAAUAGAGAAAGAUUGAGAGACAGACCACUGACCAGAAACUGAACUGAAUCAGCUCUAUAAAUACUGUGGGUACACAAGCAGAUCAGAAGCUAGGAAAUCUGCAACAGUUCCUUCAGAUGGCUACGCCAGUGUCAGUUGUACGACUGCCCAGGGGUCCCAACGGGCAUAGCAGAGGCUUCGAUCCGACAUCACCACGGUAUCACGCCUUGGCCCCGUCCUCCAUCCAAGCCUCAAACAACGGUUGUCUCAAGGAGGAGCAGCAGUCGCGGUCUACCCUUCGGGAGCGCUUCCUGCGCAGCCUGAUGGUGAUGGCGGGGAAGACUGUGGACUUCACUAUGUACGAGAGGGUCUCCGUCACUGCCAUGUUCGCGGCUUCAGACAUCGACAUCCUGAACUUCCAGGUCUCUCACUUGCAGACGCCAUUGGGCAUUCAGAAGGAAGCACUGUUGAGAUGCCCAGACAUCAUUGCCUAUGCGUUUAACCUUUAAUCUGACCUCACUGUUCAUGAGCACAGAGAUUUGAAUCCCUUUCAUUGCUCUGGUUCAUUCCAAGUCAAGUCUGAGCCACACCAACAAAACCGAAUGAAGAAAUAUAAGGAUUUGCGCUUUUUUCUCUGGGUGAAGAUUACUGACAGACUGAGGUGUGGUACACAGUUCACUGGUGUUGGUCACUCAAACAAACUGAUCUUUCAUUUAAAAACAAACUGUACUCAAAAUGCAAUAAAGGUUUGGAUUAUAAAUGCA